AUGUCUAACGGAGGCAUGGAUGGAUUCGACUGGCUCCAGAGCUUUCUUCCAGCUGAUAGUCACCCCGACUACGACCCCAAUUCCAACAAUGAAGCUUAUCAGGCACAUCCGGCAUUUCACGAUGCGGAGGAGGUAGCUAGAGCGGCCCUUACGCAUCAGCAGACACAGUGGUCAUAUCCAUAUAUCAGGUCAAUCAAUCCUGGGACGAAUCAUACCUUGGAUCCCCUUCAGGUGUACUCGCAAGCCUCGGUUGGACAGCAUCGAGGAAACCAACAUCAGGAAAGCAGCAACAUUCAAUUCAACAAUCCUCCUUCUGGACCCGCUACAUAUGCAACACACCAGUCUCACACCAUAAGUCAGCGGCCAGAUCCCUCUGUUCCGCCCCAACAUCAUUUGGCUGCUCAGGUAGAUCAGGAUGCAUAUCGCCAUGGCCAAACUCGUAUGGCUCCCGCUGGUCCCUCGCAGAGACCUCCGAAGUUUAUGUCAAACUCCGUAGGGGCUGGAAAAAGUACUCACAGGGCCCGAGAAACUACAAGAUCGACACCACCUACAAUGAGAACGAACCAACACAUGGCAGGAGCUUUGUCCACACCACAAAACCCGUACCAAGGCUUCUCGGUAACCCUUGGUAAGCAUUCCCAGAUGUUAGGCCAAUCGCAUAUGGGACAGGGAAUAACAGUACAAGGUCAGGAAACACACACACCGGCUGCAUCGCAGAGCCCAUACCAAAGCCACUCUACGACCCCGGUCCAAAGAACCCACCAACUAUCUGUUUCAAGUGCCGCGCAAAGACCAUGGCCCGUGCUCGCCGUUCAAAAUACGCAUGGACUGGUGGCAAGGCCUCAAGCAUCACAAAGCCCACAUCAAAGCCAUUCCACAAUCUCAACCCAGAAUGUUCAAAGAUCAUCGCACCCCCAUGCACCGCUGAAGGAAUUCAAAACUUCUGCAGCACACAGCACACUUGACCCACGCCAGUCGAUCACACCAACCACAAGCACUCGAGAGAGUUCCAGUCCACAAACACAAAAUCCAGUUACCAACUCUGCUAGAUCAACCCCAAUACCACCUAGGCCUUCAUCUCGAAAUCAUGAUCAUGUGCAGCCAGCCUUGCCAACUGCGCCUGAUAGCGUCCGCAAGCCUGCCACAUCCCAGCCUAUCAAGUCGCGCAGCCCUUCUGUCUCUAUUGUUGCUUCUACUCCCGAGUCUGCAUCUGCCCCUAUGGCGCCCCCUGUACAGACGACUGCUGUUCCACAUCUUUUGGACAAGGGCUGGACUCAGGAGAAUGGAGGGACUCAGGAUAAAGCAGCACCUACUUCAUCAUACCAGGCACCAAAUCAGACAAGCCAGCACCCUACGAUCUCCCAAGCAAAUGAGCAGAGUACCCCAACGGUAUCCUCAGCCUUUGCAUCAUCUACUCUUCCUGCAGGCUCCCACCCGGAGCCUUCUUACACAUCUCUGUAUACUUGGGGACCUCGACGAGGUACCUUCUCUGAGUCAACUCCGGCACAACAGCCUGCGGUGGGGAAUCCGCAGUCGCAGAGUUACCCACUGCCAGGACCACUGCAGCAUCAAAAAAAGCGGUGGAUUCCAACCCAAGGCCAUCCGAGUGAACCUAUGCCACCCGCAAAGAUGCGACGUUUAGGCCAUGAGGAAAUCCCAAUUACCACCAAAAAUGCCACGUCAACAGGUAACUCAGUACAAGGGCCCCAAGCUUCCAUGGAAUAUGCUCGGCCUCGAGGCUCUGGUAAAAUUCUUAAGAAUCGUGACGACCUGGUUCAGCCGAUAAGACCGAACGAUGCACUACCCAAGAAAACUUAUGAUCCCACGACUAUUGCGCGGGAUGUACUAAUUGCUGCGGGAAAACACCCGACGGAGAAGGUUCUAAAUCAUCAUCUUGAAGGACUACGCCGUAAAUUUACUAAAAUCGAUUACCUUGCCGACUUGGCAACUUUUCGUUGGGAUCUGGUUGAUGUGAAGCAGCCUGAGACUAAUAUUUAUCGCAUUCCUCCGUUUGCUGCACCCCAUAUACCCCUACGGCCACCACCUCACCCUCAACCACCACAGGCAGCUUGGCACUCACUUCCACGUGACCCAGAUAUCAUACAUGGCCACGUGACUACACGUGACUACGCUCCAACGCCGUCGCGUGACACACCGCCAAACCGCCAAACCGCGAUGCCAACACGAAUUGACGCGCGUGCCCCUCCUGGUGGUUUGAGCGCUUGGGGUACUUUACCUUUCAAGCCACCGACUUAUCACACUCCUCAAUCAAUUCCUUCUUCAAAGUUGCCUUCUGGACUUCCUAGGUCCACAAAAAGCUCAGGUCGCCCCAAAACUGUGCAUGCCGUUAAACAAUCGACGCUUCAGCCUAUAUCAAAGCCUAAACCCACAGGGCAGACGGCCAGCGACCGACCUGACUCUGAUCCGACCGUGAAAUCCCCAGAGGCAAGGCGUCUACCCCAACCACAAGUCGUUAUCCCACCUUCACCGCGCAGAAUGUCCCAGAAGAGAAGGCCAGGUCGACCUUCUAAGAGUGGAGCGAACCAUAUUGAAGUUGCGAUCCACCGUGAACAGCCUGUGAAUUAUCAAAUUUACCCAUGCAAGUGGGAGGGGUGUGCUGGCGAACUCCAUAACAUUGACUCAGUCCGAGCCCACGUUAUCAAAGUUCACAUCCCACACUCUCUUGUUUGUAAAUGGAAAGAUUGUGGCAAUAAGACGCCAAUGGCUGCAGCAGAUAUGUUUACGCAUAUAUCGAACGAGCAUAUUUCUCAAAUGGCCUGGCGGCUUGGAGAUGGACCAACGGUGCCAGUAACUGCGGAAAAUAACCCACCCUACCCUUCCGUUCUGGGUGAUCGAAGUGCCCGCAAAGGGACCAUGGUUCUGCCCGUGGAUGAACACCAAGUCAAGGCGUUCAGCAAGGCCCAUGGGAAAUCGACAGAGAAGACGAAAGCCCAAGCACUGCUCGAAGCGGGACGACACUGGAAGCAACAGGUCGGACCCGAGAUGGAUUGGAGUGACCGCCGUCUGUCAACGCCGACUCGCCAGAGCAGAGUCCAUUGCGGAGAAUUGGCAUUUAUUGGGGAGGAUUGA